AUGGCUACAUUUAUCACAUUAAUAAUAUUUAUCAAUAAUGUAGUUGAAAUUAUUGAAGCUGAAAUCAGUGUUGGUGAUUCUUGUGUUGUGUACAAAGAUGGAUCGAAUGGUGUUUGUUCCUAUAUUUCUGAUUGUCACAUCAGUAAUGAUCCAGAAAAAGUGUUAUCAAAUACAGGAGUGUGUUUUUAUCCAAGACGAAUCUCUGGGAUUCCCGUUGUGUGCUGUCCAGCAAGGUAUACAAGCCCUUUCGUGAGUAAUCAACGUCCAGCUGGUGCUGGUGGUAAUCAAUAUCAGAAUGAAAAUCAACGCCCAACUGGAAUUGAAUUCCCUACAGAAAAUUAUUACGAAGUAGGUAAUCAGCGUCCAACGGGAAAUGAAUAUCCAACGGAAAACCCUUAUCAUCGUCCUUCAAAUGGAAAUCCAUAUAAUACAGGAAACCAAUAUCAAACCGGAAAUCAAUAUCCUGGCAAUCAAGCAGUAAAUCAACGACCUUCAACAGGAAAUGUAUAUAAUACAGGAAAUCAGUAUCAAACUCAACGUCCUACGACAAGUGGAUAUAAUAACGGCAAUCAACAACAAAAUGGGAAUCGACGUACUUCAACAACAAGGCAGCAAGGAUAUCAUCGUCCAAAUAAUUAUCCAGAAACAACUACACAAAUAUCUGAUCCCAUUAUUUUUCCAACGGAAAACUCAAAUCAAUAUCAUCGGAAAAGUGCUCAAAAAUGUGCUGAAUAUAGUCGAUUGGUCACGAAUUUUAUAGCGCCAUUACCACUGCUACCAAAUCCAGAACCGACAUCAGUUGCCAUCCCAAAAUGUAAUUUCGAUGCAAUUUCAUUAAUUGUCGGUGGUACUAAAGCUAAAGCAAAAGAAUUUCCACAUAUGGCUGCUCUUGGGUAUAUCGUCGAUGGUGAUGUUGCAUGGCAAUGUGGAGGAACCUUGAUUAGUGAAGACUUUGUGUUGACCGCUGCUCAUUGUACACACAGUAGGGACAGAGGGCCACCAGUUAAAGUACGUUUGGGUGAUUUAAAUUUAGAAUCAGAUUCAGAUGGAGCACGUCCAGAGACAUUAGAUAUAAUCGAUAUCAUAAAACAUCCACGAUAUUCACCACCAGCUAAGUACAACGAUAUUGCUUUGAUACGUUUAUCCAGACCCAUUCAAUUUAAUGAUUACAUUCGACCGGCCUGUUUAUGGAACUCAAAUUAUAUCAAUUACACGAGAACCAUUGCUACUGGUUGGGGUCAAGUUGGAUUUGCGGAUGAUCCAAGUCCACAUUUAUUAAAAGUUGGUUUAGAUAUUAUCGAUAACAAUCAGUGUCAACAAUAUUACCAAGGCGAUGAUCGAAUACUUCCACGUGGCAUUGUUUCUUCCAUGAUUUGUUCGGGGGUUUUAUCUGGUGGCAAAGAUACUUGCUUAGGUGAUUCUGGAGGUCCAAUUGUUGUAUCAAAUCAAAAAAACCACUGUUUAUUCUAUGUGAUAGGUGUAACAUCGUUUGGUAAAGCCUGCGCGUUGGUCAAUUCACCAGGAGUUUACACAAGAGUUUCUUCAUACAUUGAAUGGAUCGAAUCGCAUGUUUGGAACUAACAUGCGCUCUUAAGUAAAUAAUAAUCAAAUCAAAUCAUUUUCUUUUAAUUUAAAUGGAACAAAUUGAUGAAUGGAAAUGAAAUCAAAUGAAUUUGUGCCAUUCGUAAGUAGUCCAAGUCCAAUUCGCC